GUGCAUUAGUAUUUAUCCCCACAACACUCCCCUUCAAUGUUUCCACGUUUCAUUUGUUAGGUUCAGGUGCACAAGGUGAGGUAACAGACGCACACAAACAAAACACACUCUGCGUGGAGUACAUGACAUAUGAGAUAUGGUUUGCCUCAUUUCAGUGACACUGCUCUUCUCAGUACUAUGUGGUAUAGGAGCAUAUAUUCCUCAUCACUAUCACUUUGUGAAUAAGAAUAAAACCUGGAGUGAAGCUCAGACUUACUGCAGAAAGAAAUACACUGAUCUGGCAACCAUUAACAACAUGGGAGAGAUGAAGAAGCUGAAUUACACACUAAUGACGGAAAAUGCAAAGACAGCUUGGAUUGGUCUACAGAGAGAGGGACCUUGGAAAUGGCACUGGUCACUGGCAGAUGAAACUUUCUACAGAGAUGGAGACAAUUACAAAAUAUGGUUUAGAGGAGAACCAAACAACUAUAGGGGAACUGAGUACUGUGGGGAGUUUUAUCUGAGCAGUAAAUCUUGGAAUGAUAACACGUGUUCAAGAAAGAAUCCUUUUGUAUGUUAUGAAGAAAAGAACACAAACACUACUAAAUACGUAUUGAUUAAUGAGAAAAUGAGCUGGGGUGAUGCUCAGAUCUACUGCAGAGAGAAACACACUGACCUGGUCAGUGUGAGGAACCAAACUGAGAAUGAGGAGAUCUGGAGAGUGAUUAAUAGUUCAAUCCCCACAUAUUCAGGGGUUUGGAUUGGUCUGUUUAAUGACUCCUGGAAGUGGUCAGAUCAGAGUAACUCCUCAUUCAGAUACUGGAGCUCUAACAAACCCAGUGGAGGUUUGAACUGUUCUGCAGUGUCUGAGUCUGAGAAACGUUACUGGAGUGAUGUGAACUGCACAGAAAAACUCCCGUUCAUCUGCCAUGAGAGUGAGUUACAUUAUGGUGUUUCAACAGAAUGUUUGGUUUUUAAUUUCUUUAUAAUUGCUGGUGCUAUUUUGUAUUGUCAUAAUCAGUAUACAAUGCACUUCACAAAUGGAUCUUUGGGUAAACUGAAACUUUUGUAA